CAAACACAGUGGAAACCUUUCAAAUAUGUUGCUCUCGCCUAACUGUAGUAUAAGAAUAUAAAGGCGAAAAAGAAACAAGCAACAACAUCAAAAGAAAAUGGUUGUAUUGCAUUGUUGAGGUCUGACGUUUGAGUUUGCAAACGAACUAAAUAGUUUUAAAACCAAAAAUAAAUGAGACGCCGAAUUAAAAUUAAAUUAAAUAUUUAUUUAGAAAAAAAAAUGUGUUAAUAAAAUACAAUUAGUAAAACAUUGCAUACCAUUUAAGGUGUAAAAAACCUUACGACAUUUCCUAAGUAAAGCGCCGCCGUAAAACUCACAAAAAGAAAAUCUUUUUAUAACAACCACGCAAAGUAUUGUUGCAGACAUGUCCAACGUAACCCAGCAGAUAAAUGAUUUGAGAUCGUAUUCCCGCCAUUGGCUUGGUGAAUUUAUAGAAAUCUAUCAGAGUGAAGAGUGCUUGUGGCAACCGAAGCAUCCGGAUUAUAGUAAUCAUAGCGUGCGUAAUAAAGCAUAUGAUAAAUUGGUAGAGAAAUUGCGAGAAGUCGAACCAAACCCAGACCGUGCAAUGGUGGUGCGCAAAAUAAAUUCCUUACGUUCGGCAUUCAGGCGUGAAUAUCGCAAAACUAACUCAAAAGAUAAUUAUGAGACUCGCUUGUGGUACUAUGAGAAGCUAUUAUUUAUAGCCGAACAGAAUCCACGUCGUUUUGUUGGUUCAAUUGAUGUUAAACCUAUGAAACGUUCUCUGCCAUUAAGUUUCGACGAUGAUGAUUCUUUAGAAUUUGAAGAAGAACAUCAAUUGGAUACACCUACUCCACAAGAAAAUAAUCAUAAUGCUGAUACCACAGCCACUGUUACAGUUAGUGCCAAUGAAUGUGUUUCGAUGGUGAAAAGCGAAGAGCAUACCCAACAUCAUAAUCCACACCAACAGCAGCAGCAACAACAACUACACUUGCAAGCACAUCCUGGGCAACCGCAUACUGCGGUUAAAGUUUUAGAAAUCACAUCUCUGGACUCCAACUCACAGCGCGAAUUACAACAGGCUGUUAGUUCACUCGAACAACAACAUCAAAUGCAGCAACAUUUGCAACAACAACAAGCUGGCCAACCAACGCAACUCGCACAAAUUCAUCAGCAGGUACCGAACAUUCAAACAAUCUUUCCAACAUACUCCGCUGCACCUACAACUCACCGACAGGAUGAUGAAUACGAUGCUAUCGGUAUAAACGUGGCCAGUAAGUUAAGAGUUAUGAAUCCAACCCAACGUAUUAUCGCUGAAAAAUUAAUAAGCGAUGUUCUCUUCAAUGGGCAAUUGGAUAAUCUAAGUGUUACUUCAACAUUAACACCACAAUUAUCAUGGGGAUGUUUACUCAAGGAUGGAUGCAUAACUUACGCCGAAAUUAAGCACAAUAACGGCUGUUCCAUUUUUUAUUAUUUCGGAUCUUGAGUGGUUGAGUUGAUGGGCUUAUUU